AUGUCCAAGUUUGGAGGAGUGAUAUCUGAUGGUAAGGAACCACCUCUCUCUUUCCGCCGGAUCACCACCAUCGCCGUCGUCGUUGCCUUCGCGGUUUUGAUUAGGUUGCUCCCCGAAGAACUCUUCAUCCUGCUGGCAAAGAACCUCUGCGAGAUGUGCAUUUAUCAAUUCUAUUCGAUCCAGAUCUUGUUGAAUGUUGAUGAUAACAAUCAGCGCAGCAAUCCAGGUGGCGAAAAAAACAGUGAUCUCGACGACAGGAGUCCUGAUAUUGACCCAGUUAUUGACAUGUGGGACCGUGAAUUCCGGCAAAAUCAUUCUGCCGGGAUUCCCGGUCUUCAGCCUAAUUCGGGGAUUGGUAACCAACCAGAAGAGCAGUCACAAGCUUUAACGCUUGCGGAGUCGCCCAACACUGCAAUCGCGUUCCUAGUCCUGAAGGAGCUUGAACGGACUCAAAACUCAUCUGAACCACGAUAUGGAUCCAAUGAUCCCGUUGGGGCUCCCGACGAGUUUGAGUACAGCACUGUGCUGAAGGUAAGAGGUCGUGGGAGUGACUAUCAGGCUGCGUUUGGAAAAGCCAUCCUUGCAAAGGACCACGCACUUUUUGGCCAUUCCAGAUCUUUUGUUGAGAUCCUCGAGGAAGACGAGGAAAACAUCAAGAUGCCAGAUGACGACAAAAUUCAAGUCCAACUCAAUCAGAUCAUCCAAGAGCAAUUGCAAGCCCGCCACUCCUGA